AUGGCGGUCUAUAUCGGCCUCUGGAAAUCCAAGUUCAAAAUAACGCAGCCUGAAAUCCCAAAGGAUGAAGCUUCGCUGAUGUCGCACAGGGAUGUGAUUCGCCAAGCCAAGGCGAUUAUCGACGAAAUUUGCAAAAUCUCCGGGACUCCAGGCCUCGCGAUCGGCAUCUUCAACCCCGAGGGGCCACCAGCAGUGAGCUUCCAUGGAUUUCGAGAUGUGAGCCAAGGCCUCCGUCCAGAUCUCGAUACGGUCUUCAACAUUGGUUCGUUGUGCAAAGGCUUUACCGCUGUAGCUGUUGCUUGUCUCGUUGCAGAUGGGAGGGUAUCCUGGGACGACCGCAUUGACACUCACCUCCAUUAUUUACACGGUAGAGAUAAUGGUGCAUUCACUUUGCGAGACUUGCUUAGCCAUCGCAGUGGUCUUUGCAGAUCGGAUGCACUCUUCAUCGGAUCUGACAACCGGCUCCUCGUCACCAAAUCUCAAGGGUUAGAGAUCUUCGCAUCCCUUGAUCCAAGCAGCCCCCCGCGCCAAGACUUCCUCUACAACAAUUUCGGAUGCCAUGCCCUCGGGUGCGUUAUUGAGCAUGUGUCAGGCAUGGGGUUCGGAGAAUUUAUUCAACAACGUAUCUUCGAACCUUUAAACAUGAGCAGGACGUUCACGAACAUUCCGCCUGCGGCUGAUGGAAACACUUCGUUGGCCUAUGUGCCUUAUUCGAACCGCCAGCAUCGGCAAGUUCCAACCCCGCGCAUAUCUAGUGACACAGUUGCCUUCGCAGCUGGCUCCAUUCGAAGUUGCGUCCGCGACCUCGUGGUCUUCUAUAGUGCUCUUUUGAAGGGCCUAGAUUCGGGCUCUAUCCAGCUGGGCCUGUCCUCUAACCAUGUUGUCACUAUUUUCGAGGCAGUCAUCCCUCUUCAUGGUUCUCCCCCAACCCUCCGGGAAAGGUCAUAUGGUAUGGGGUGGGCACGUACUCAGCUACCCAACAACAUCAAUAUCGUCAGCGGAAAUGCUGGCUUGCUGGAUACGUGGCCUGUUAUUGGCACAAGAACCAACGGGAUACUUGUUCUCCACCACAAUGGUAAUAAUCUAGGCUGCUCUUCCACCAUCUAUCUCCUCCCAGAGAUGGAUACUGGUAUGAUUGCCCUGGGAAAUGCCCUCGGGCAUUGUGACGCCACCGACUGGGCUGCACAGGUCCUGCUCGAAGCCCUUCUUGAAGGAACGAUUGAGACUCCGUUCACAAAAUAUGCUACGAUGGCAGCUUCGAAUGGGCGUUCCGCUAUGGACCGAGUACAGAAAGCCCUAUAUGAGGAGAGAAAACCAAGUCAGCCGCCUUCAAACCUUGAGCAAUAUACUGGCGUUUUUUGGCACAAAACCAAAACCUUUUGUCUUGAGAUAACAUUUGAUACAUCUAAAGAUGGAGAAAACCUUAGUGUCAAGUUCCAAGGUCUAGAUGAAGAAAAGUAUACGCUCCAUCACCACCACUAUGACACGUUUGUCUUUAACGAGACAUUUGAUCAGACUGUGAGCCGUGGUCAGUGGUGCAGACCGUUUGGGUUCUACAAAAUCGAAUUUAUUGUGGAAGGUAAAACCGUUACCUCGUUGCGAUGGAGGUUCGAUGAUACGCAGGCGGAGGGGCAUGUCUUCAAGCGAGAAUAA